UGGCGACCUCCGCCGAGUCGGUGGCAUCUCGGCUCGUGUCCUGUACCUGACCCGGCUUCGCCUGAAGUGCUGGAGGUUUUGCUGCGAACCGAGUGGGAAGAUUUGCCUUACAAGGUUGUGAGCUGCUGAAGAUCUGCAGCAUGGCCUACGCCGUGCAAGUCAGUGUGGAGGCUCCUCAGGAGCAUUCCAUAAGCGAGAUCACUUAUGACGGGCAAGAGAUUCAUCAACCUGAAGAAUUAUGAUCACCCAUUAAUCAUCACAUUCCCCCUUCACAGGGCUGCUCUGUCAGAGGCCAGUGUGCUUCUCGAUGUGAUUGAAAUCUCCAGGGAGAAGAAAUACAUGGUCCUCGAUCCUGUGUCCCAAGAUCCUCCCGAUCCCAAACCCAUUGUUCAGCUUAUAGUUAGAAAGAAGGCUCUAUCGGCAGCUGCAACUAUCCUCCUGAACGGCGCAGAACGUUUACGGGUCUCACAGAAUGAGAUGGCUCGAAGCAGAGGAGUCCCUAAUUUCCACAUUGAGCUACUCAAGUUAAGGCAGAACUGGCGACUGAAAAAAGUUGGGAAUUCCAUCUUGGGUGACUUGAGCUACCGCACAGCGGGGUCGAGGUACUGGCAGUCGGGAGUGUUCGAGGUGAGCAAGAACGAAGAGGAAGCCGACAGUGUCGGCGCCAACAAGCCCGUCCCGGCCUUGAAGGUCACGGUCCCAAGUGAACUUGAGUGCAUCAAGUACAUACAGGUCACAAUCCAGAAAGCAGAUCAGGAGACUCUAUGUAGUGCAAAGCUGAACAUCUCCAGUGGAGGGGGCACCUGGCCUCCUCCACAGACUCAUUGGCAGCAGAGGCUGGAGGUGGCUCAGACGGUUCUGUUCUGUAAGGAACUGUUUGCACGUUUGGCCAGGGAAGCCGUCUGCAUCAACACGCCCAUCCCUCCCCUUGUCGUUGGCAACCAGAUCACCGUCUCGCUCUUUCCCGGUGUGCAGUUGAUUAUAGGACUCUGCCACAGCCAAUCAGCAGAGGGGAAGCGUGGCACCUCCACAGCUUCCACUCCCCUUGCAACGCAGACAAAGUUGGAUCAUAAUCAUGUUUUAGAACAUUCCUUGCAUCAGCUAUUGAGGGAAGUCCAUUACCGCAAUAUGCAUCAUCCCAUGCCUCAUCCCACCACUGCCCUCAUGGGGCUGUCGAAGAGACGCCGGGUCGCCGGACCGGAUGCGUACAGCCGUGGCACACUUCUUGAAAUGUCCAAGAGUGAGACCUUGCUGGAGCAAAUCAUCAAGCAGGCACAACACAUCGUCCUUCGGCUCAAGACGAUGUAUGUCAUUGACACGCUGGCGAGAGAGAUCAAGGAUCCCCUGAUUGUUGCACAUUGGAAUGCCCUCAAUUCCCCCACGCAGAGUUGCGUGAAGAUCAACAUCACCUCGCACGGUUACGAGACGCUGAGCCGGACGUCCCUCGUCGUCCACGUGGGAGAGAAGACGCUCAAGACCAUCUGUCGAGACGGGAGGGUCAUGAAUCUGUCGUACGAACCUCAGGAACUUCGAGAUCUCAUUUUAUGCCAGAUCGCACAGCAUCAAAUCACUGCCGUUCAGUCCCUGGCCCGGUGCAUGGGCUGGGCUGUGGUCAGCAGCAGCUUCAAUCUGGGAGUUUCCUCUCCCAUCCAACCACUUGGGCAUUCAAAUGUUGCUUCUUGCAUCUUGGCUUCUCCAAGCGGAGAAAGGAGGAUCGCAAUCCAGCGCUGGCCGCUCCUAGCUUAUCAACAGGUUGCCGUCCAGAUGGACACCAAGAAGGGGGAAUUCGGAGACGACUCCCUCGUGAAAGACCCAAAGUGGGAGCACCUCAGUGGGAGCUUCAAGGAGGUGAGAUGGGAGAAAAUGGAAGGGAGAAAUUACCUCAACAAGAUGGAGCUGCUGAUGGCAAGCCUGACCCCCUACCAAAAUUCACUCAAUGAAACCGGUCACCUAAAAGGCAAGAAGAUCCAGCACCUACCUGCCCGAACUCGCAUCGGUGCAACUGGAGACCCAGAACGAAAGCAAAGCAUCCAGGCACGAUCCCUCACCCUUUAUUCCCACGCAUGCAAGACGACGAAAGCAACCGAAUCUACCUCAAGACAGCAGGUUUCUUGCAAGUCCAUCCAUAGGACCAGAGCCCGACGGUCGCCCAAGUGGAGGGGACCAUGGCCGCACAAUCGCCUCCAUCCUCGGUCGGAUACCCUGGGACCCAGUUUAUUCAAAUAG